CGGAUUCAUCUUACCGCAACAAUUGUUACGUGUGUAAUUGGCCUUACGCAAACGAGCAUGCGUAGCCAGAGGUUUUCGGUGCGUGAAAUGCCUGAGGGUAAGUCGAAGGUGACGUCACACCUAGAGUACAAGGGAUAGGCCUCACUCUCAUUGCACCCACCGCACUCCCUUUUUUGUUGGUUGUCUAUUCCGACCUUUAACCCCUUCUAAAAAUAGAAUAUUUCAAGACCUCUUCUAGGGAGAAACCCUGGAACCUUGAAGCUGGAACUUGUGGAUUAAUUAAAGCUAUUACGUUAUUUGUACUUGUAUCUGUUUUUUUUUUACAUUUGUUAUUAACCAUACAUAUAUACUUCCAUAUAUGCUGUGUAAAAUAAACCUUUUUAUUUUCAUUUCACUUUGUUUUACCCCAAGACAUUUAUUGUCACAAGUAAAUCGAAUCUUUUAGAAUCUUUUCAAAACAUCUUGAGAGAAUUCUUUUUUUUUUUUUUUUUUUUAAGAAAAGAACCUACUACAACUGGCGCAGUGAGUAGGAUUCGUCAAUCUUGUGGCAAUAGUAAUCUUGGGUAAAACAUUUUUCUGAAAUAUAUAUCUACAAAGUUGUAGAUAUUUUCAAAAAUUGUAUUAAUGAUUUCAAAUCUCCACAGGUAGAUAUCUUGUACCGUGAAAAAGGUCCUGGUGUAAAAGCUUACGAGAGUGGUGUGGUGAGUAACAUUGUAAACCCCAGGCAUUUGAAAAGGGAGCUUAAGGUGAGGUGGACUGUUUACUUGGUGUCGUGGCAGAGUUGUACCCAGUUAAAGUAAAACUAUAACGGGCCGUAUUCUUCACUUUGUAUACUGCGACAUCAGACUCGGAAGCUGUAUCUCGCUUCAUUCAGAAUUCAUAAGUUACGUUAAGGAGCUUUCCUACAGUUCUUCGUAAUUAGGGCGAUCAGUUGGCGAUUCAUAACAUUGCGACUGUGGUACGCCGUGCUUGGGGAAGCAAUUCCUUGCUUUCUUGUCUUGGGGGUUUGAAUGCGUUCAUUUUCUUCAGCUUCCAACGACUUGUUUUGAUUUGUAUUUAGAAUUCUUACAAUGGCGCAACUCCUUGAAAUUAUCGAGAGAGCUCGAGCACUUGGUUUAAGUGGCGAAGCUGCGGAAAAGCUCAUUGUAAAGGAACAAGAAAUGUUAAAGGAAAGGGUUGAUAGAGAGGAGAGAGUUGCAGAAAGGGAACUCCGAAAGCUAGAGUUAGAAAGCGCCGAAGCUGACAAACAACGCGUUGAAGCGGAAAAGCAACGAGCACAUGAGCUUUUAAUAGCUAAUUCGGGUUCAAACAGAGCGCAGGAAGUUUCGAGUAAUUCAGCAGGCCUGCCAUACUUGGAGGGAUUUAAAUUGCCUUUAUUUACUGACGGAGAAGACGAAUUAGAUAGUUUUUUACAAAGAUUCGAGAGAUUGGCAGACAUUUAUAAGUGGAGACGAGAUGAUUACCACGUAUACUUAGGGUCGUGCUUGCGAGGCCGCGCGUUGAAAGUCUACACAUCCUUGCCAGACGAGAGUAUUACGGACUACAGUAAGCUGAAAGAAGCUUUACUAAAAGCUUACACUGUUGAUGCGGAUUCAUACCGCCGAAGAUUUAGGGAGAGUAAAAUCAAGGAUAAGGAGAGUUAUAUUCAACUCAUCGUAAGAAUGAAACAUGAUCUAGAAAGAUGGUUAAGCAUGAGUAAAGUACAUAAAAACUAUGAAUCUUUGUGUGAUUUUCUCGUAAUUGAGCAACUACUAAUGAACUGCGGUCAUGACCUGAGGGUAUUUCUGAAGGAACGUGGCUACAGCACUUCUCAUGACGUGGCAGAAGCGGCCGAUCGAUAUCGCGGAGCGCACAAUUAUCGUGAAGUUAAACCCCGCACAUCUGCCAAGCUUGUUUUUUCACGAGAAAACGCAGAUUUAGUUAAAUGUCGCGGCUGCGGAAAAUCGGGCCACAUUCGUCCCCAGUGUCCCGACAAUCCCCGUAAUUACAAACUAAAGUCUAACGAAGCCAAAGUAAACUUUGUGUUCGAAGCAGAAAUUGUGCCAGCUAAUAGCGUGUCUGAUCCGAAUGGAAGAUUGUGCGAAAAACCGGCUAAAGUAGUCUUGGAUACAGGUUGCUCUAGCGUAAUCGUAAAUGAAAAUUUGGUUCCUUCUAGAUUCAAACUUGGUCAAGCAGCUAAGGUAUACGAUUUCCUUGGUGUCCCUAGUAUCUUUCCCAGAGUGAGAUGUCUGAUACAAAGCAAAUUCUUCACUGGUUGGGUUAACGCGAUCGCGGCGCCGAUUAAAUUUGCAGAUGUUUUAAUAGGCCUCAUUCCUGGCGUUAAACUGCCUUCUGAUAAACCGCACCCUCAGCAUAACAUAGCUGAUAAAGUAACUGAGGAUAUCGUUAACACUGUAAAAGCCGAGAAAAAGAAGCUACGUUCAUCCGACCUUAAGGUUGAUUAUGCAAACUUUAGUAAUGGUGAAGUUGCCCUUAAUGUUCAAACCCGCUCAUUGAAAAUUAGCAACGCUAAAACUAAUGCCCUUUCUUGCCCUGAUUUCUUUAAAUUGAGUAUCAAUAAGGAUGAUUUUUCCAGAGAACAACAGUCCUGUACUACUUUAAGAUCCAUACGUGACAAGAUUAUGAAUGAUGAUAUAAUUAAAAACAAAGGUCGCUCUGUAAGCUACCAGGUAAUUGAUAAAUUAGUGUAUAGGGUUUGUAUAGCCAGCCAAAAUGAUUAUGAAGUAGGAGCGAAACAGUUGGUGGUUCCCGCGAAAUACCGCAUUGAUGUAAUGCGCCUUGCUCACGAUGCCCUCACGGCUGGACACUUCUCGCACCGUAAAACUUCCAGUAAGAUUUUUGAUUACUUCUUUUGGCCUGGUGCCGGAGCUGACAUUAAAAGGUUUUGCCGUUCGUGUCCUAAAUGCCAGAAGUUUUCAGCUAGAGGAAGCGUAAGGAAGGUGCCAAUGAAAACGAUCCCCGUCAUAUCGGUGCCAUUCUCUCGUGUAGCCAUAGACCUUGUUGGCCCAAUUACUCCAUGUUCGGAAAGGGGACACAAGUAUAUCCUAACACUAAUAGAUUAUGCCACUAGAUAUCCCGAGGCCGUACCUCUUAAAAAUGUUGAUACUAUAACGGUUGCCGAAGCUUUGGUUGAAAUCUUCUCUCGCGUAGGCAUACCGAAGGAAAUAAUGUCUGACCGCGGAUCCCAGUUUAAGUCUGAUCUUAUGAGCGAAAUUCACCGUCUACUCUCCGUUAAAGCUUUGUAUACAUCACCAUAUCAUGCAUGUUGCAAUGGUGCCGUCGAAAGACUUAAUGGUGUACUAAAAUCUAUUAUCAAGAAGCUCUGUUCGGAACAUCCAAAGGAAUGGGACCGCUAUAUUCCAGCAGCACUCUUUGCCUAUAGAGAAAUCCCUAAUAGUAGUUUAAAGUUCUCCCCCUUUGAACUUUUGUACGGGCGUAAAGUACGUGGUCCACUAAGUAUACUACACGACCUUUGGACAAAUGAUGGCAUUGAUAACGAGGUAAAAACUACAUACCAAUAUGUGCUAGACCUCCGUUCACGAUUAGAGGAGACGGCCAAGCUGGCAGCAUCCCAUGCUAAUAUUAGUAGUAAAAAUUACAAAGCCUACUACGAUUUAAAAAGUAGACCACGUAAACUAGAGAUCGGAGAUGAAGUGCUUGUUUUGUUGCCUACAAGCACUAAUAAAUUAGUUAUGCACUGGCGUGGGCCGUAUCCUAUAAUCCGAUGUCACGAAAAUGGUGUAGAUUAUAUUAUAAAAAUGCAAGUAAAGAUAAAUUGUUCCACAUAA